AUGAUUGGACAGCCAUCUGGCUGGGACAUGAUUGGACAGCCAUCUGGCUGGGACAUGUUUGGGACGUUAUCAUCUGGCUGGGACAUGUCUGGGACGUGGUCAUCUGGCUGGGACAUGUUUGGGACGUGGUCAUCUGGUAGGGACAUGUUUGGGACGUGGUCAUCUGGCUGGGACAUGUUUGGGACGUGGUCAUCUGGCUGGGACAUGUUUGGGACGUGGUCAUCUGGCUGGGACAUGUUUGGUGCAAAUUCAUUUGAUUGCGACACGGCUGGAUGGUCAUCCAAACUGGGACACUUGAGACGAUUGAAUCGUUUAGGACAUCAUUGA